GUGCGAGGCCAUGUCCACGCGUGUUUUAAAAGUUCGUGUCAGGUUUCUGUAAUGGCCACCAAACGACCACAGGACGAGUGCAGCAGCACAGACAAGAAGAAGAAGAAGAAGAGCGAGAAGGAGAGCCGCGAGGAGCCGGUGGAGCUCUGCGCAGCCGUAGAAGACGACCAGGUGAAGAGAGCCGUCACGGAGGCAUGGAGCCGCAAGACUACCUACAGCCACGGCGAUCUGGAGUUGGACUGCCAACCGUUCCCUCACUGCAUCUUCAGAAACUUCAUCAGCAGCCAAGCCUUCGCAGAAAACCUCAAGAAAGAGCUGCUGGAGCUAAACUUCCAUGAAAAAUCAAACGACCUGUAUAAAUUUAAACAGUCAGAUGACCUGAAGAAAAGAACAGAGCCACAUAUCGCAGGGCUGAGGGCAGCACUGUUUGGGCGUUUCCGGUCCUGGCUCGGGGAGGUUCUGGGGGUUGAGCUGGAGCCCACCGUGGAUAUUUCUUGUGCCAAAUAUGAAUAUACAGAUGUUCUUUUGUGCCACGAUGAUGAGUUGGAAGGGAGGCGCGUUGCGUUCAUUUUGUAUCUUGUGCCCCCGUGGCAGAGCAGCGACGGGGGAACCCUCGAUCUUUACACAACAGACAGUUAUUUGCAGCCACAGAGCAUAGUGAAGUCACUUGUACCCUCCUGGAACACACUCGUGCUCUUUGAAGUUUCUCCAGUUUCCUUUCACCAAGUGUCUGAAGUUUUGUCGCAGGACAAAUGUCGGCUGUCUCUGAGUGGCUGGUUUCACGGACCUUCUCUGGAACGUCCUCCUCGCCACACAGUGGCUCCCGUCCAGAGAAAUCCACACUUACCGAGAGAUGAAACGGUGCUGCUGGAGUGGAUCAAUCCCAUCUAUUUGGACAUUUCUUAUCAAGAGCAGAUUCAGGAGGACUUUGAAGACAGCUCUGAAAUUCAGCUCAAAGGAUUUCUCAAGGAGGAGAAGUUCAAAGAGGUGAGUGAAGCACUUCGGCUCUCUCAGAUUGAGUGGAAGAAGAAAGGUCCACCCAAUAAGAAGUGCUACGAAGCUGCUGCUCUGGACUCGCUGCCUCAGUGUGUGAGUGCAUGCUGGGAGCUGCUUCAUUCAGAAGCGUUCUUCCUGCUCCUCUCCAACUUCACUGGCCUUCGAUUGCACUAUCUCUGCCCGGCUGACGACGAAGAGAAUGGCGAUGAAGAGAAGGAUAAAAAGCAACAAGAUGAUGGAGAAGCCACGGGGUCGUCAAAUGAACCAUCCUCAGCAGAUGCGAGCAGAGAGAAAGAGCCGAGCACCCCUUUGUGCUGUGGGGAAGUACGUCGAUGGUCUCAUGGCGGCUACACCCUGUUGCACGAUGGAGAGGCAGCGCGGGCAGAAUAUGCGCUGGACCUCGUUUUGCCUUUCGGCUGUGCCGGCUGGCAGUCAGAGUUUGGCGGCUUCACAUGUUAUGUCGCUAAUGAAGAGGAUGAGGAGCUUCUGACUGUCUACCCAGAGGACAAUUCCCUCGCACUCGUCUACAGAGACAAAGAGACUCUCAAGUUUGUCAAACACGUCAACCAUAAAAGCACCUCUGAGCCUGAUGGCAGCUCCACCUGCAGAGAGUUUUAUGACUUUUCUUUUGUCUACUAUGAAUAAAUAUGUAUAUAAAUACA